AUGAGAUGUGUCUCAGAUGAUUCCAUCGAUCCAUUACCUGAUCCAAUGCUUGAUCGAUUUUGUUUACAAAUCUUACCUUCGAUUCAUCAUAAAAUCAAAUGGCUUAAUGUUGAAUCAUCAUCUAUGAAACGUAUUCUUCUUGCUACAAAUUAUCCGAAUUUAUAUGGACUUGGUUUAUAUGAUAUUGAGAUAGAAGCAGCUCUGUCUCUCUUUAUUGAUGAACCUUCCUUAACUUCUAUAGAUAAAAAUCAAAUCUUAUCGCUUGUGAUCAGUCGUACUACAUAUGGAAAAGUAAGUUUAACGAAGGAUAUGGAUUCACGAAUAUUAACACAUAUCUUUACUACGUUCUCCAAUUUACAACAUUUAAAUUUUUGUGCAUCUUCAAUUUGGAAUGGACAAUUAUCAUUUGUCAAUCCGUAUUCAGGUAUUAACUCUUCAACUCUCUUAGAAUUGCAUAUCCGUUUGAUGUCGUUCUCCGACUGUCUUUAUAUACUUGAUGGACGUUUCAAUAAACUUCAUACAUUUCAUGUUGAUAUUAAGUACAUUUUCCCUUCGGAUUUAAGAAAUAAUAAUCAGAAAAUAUUACCUAUACCUAAUAUAAGAUGUUUUUCACUAUACUGUGAAGUGAUGACAAAUGGUUAUGAUGAAUUAAUUGUGCCACAUCUACAACGAAUGUCGAAUUUAGAAAAACUCUGUUUGAAUUUUGUUAUUUAUGGCAAAAAUACAUUUGUUGAUGGAAAUGAAUUGAAGAAGAAUAUUAUUAAUUAUAUGCCACGAUUAAAGAGAUUUCAAUUUUAUAUUUGUUCAUACCUUUAUCUUUGUAAUCAAAUUUAUCUACCAUCAAAAGAAGAUAUUCAACAUACAUUCAGAGAUUUUGAAGAUGAUCAAAUUAUUUCUUAUAUUGAUUAUUUCCAAAAAGAACAAUAUACUUUAUGUCAUAUCUAUUCAUAUCCGUUCAAAUUAAAGUAUUACCAUACUAUAACAAAUAAUUUUCCAGGUGGAUUAUUUAAAUAUGUUCAUGAACUAUUAUUAUAUGAUGAACGUCCUUUUGAACAUGAAUUUUUUCUUCAAAUUGCUCAAUCGUUUCCAUUUAUUAAAAAUUUGUCUAUAAAAAAUUCGAAACCACAAAAUAACAAAUUAUGUAGAGAAUCAAAAAAUGACAAUCAAGGUUUUUCUAUCAUUAAAUAUCCUCAUCUUAUUGGUCUUACUCUUAAUCAAGCUCAUCACGAUUAUAUUGAAGAAUUCCUAGUUGAUACGAGAACAUGUUUACCGAAUAAUGUUGUUCAUCUUAACAUUUUUUACCACCAAUUGAAAAGGGUGACACAUCAUUUUACAAGAGAUACAACACGAAUCAAUUGUGCAAAACUGCAUUCUUUAUGUCUCAGUGGUCGUCGACUUCCUAAAUAUGCUAAAGACUAUUUUCCACAUGUAUAA